UCCAUUGGGUAUUUUGAUAUUUUCAGUGAUUAGUAACGUACACAAUCUCCCCCGUCGUCUCAAGAUGAAUGGUUUUGCCCCCUUGAAAGUUUUUGCAAUUCAAAUGCAAAACGGAAGGAAUAGAGAAAAAACAAGAAAUCGUUUGACCUCUACUUUUCCAAAUCACGUCUUUGUCAGUCCUUCCCCAUUGUGAAAAAACAGAAACAUUCCAAAAGUAAAAUUACACUUCCUUAAAAAACAUUACAGAAACGCCUUCAAAACUUGCUUCGUUGUGCAACUCGUAAAUAUUACUUUUUGAAAAUGUACAACCACCAGGCACAUACAGUACGAGCUGACACAGGACUGUAAAAUCAAGCAUUUACCAAAACUAUUAAGAGGCAUAGUAGCGUGGAUUGAAUUAUGUUGAUUUAUGACUACAUGCACAUUUGCUUUAAAACUACACAAAAUUAUAGUAUUACUGCUUUUGAAUAAUUUAUCUAAAUAUAAAAGCGAUGGGGAUUGUAGUGUUGGUUGAUCAGUAUGAAUUGAUGGGUUUUGAUUGAUUAUGGUCUAGAUACAAUACAGUAUGGCUGGGUGGUAUGUGUGGAUUGGUGGGGUUUGAUGGGUUGGUUGAUGUGUUUGGGUUGAUUAUGGUCUAGAUACAGUACAGUAUGGCUGGGUGGUAUGCAGUACAGAGGGACUUCCUGGAUUGCAGCACCAGGUUACAGGGAGAAGUAACAGACUGAGGACAUGAAGUGACAGCUCACACCCAUCAGAGACUCACAGUCAACAGGAAGAGAGAGCACACAGAGAGAGCUGUGGACACAGACAAGGAGACCAUAGAAAGAGGUAAAAGAGGACACACCCUGGUGUUGUGGUUGAUUAAUUGAGGCAGUGGAGGCAGCAUGUGGGUCCUCAUCUGGCCAACUCUACUCUUCUCUCUGGCAGAGAGAGCAACAUGUCAAAGACAGGCCCCUACUGCAGCAGCUCCAUCAGCUGCAAACACAAACAGCAUCAUCUUCAGUCCAGAAUAAAUAACAGCACAGACUGGCCUAUGUGCUGUUAUUUCAUGUACUUUCAAUCACUCUGAUAGCGUCAAGCAGAACGCAGCAGUAUGGUACAAAUACCCUGCAAAUGGCAAAAAAAAGGAUCAUCAUAUAAUUUUCCACUCCAAAAAUCCCUCUAAAGCUCAGGAGGGUUAUAACCACAGAGUGUAUCUACUGGAGACAGACCUGACAAAGGGGAACUGUAGCGUGAUCAUCAACGACAUCAGAGAGAAUGAUGCUGGACAGUAUCAAUUCAAAAUGAAAGGAAUACCAUUUAUAGACCCACAGAAACUCACAGUAACAGCUCUGACCCAGAAGCCCUCAGUGUUGACUCCUCCUCUGACAGAGGGAGAACCAGCGACCCUGACCUGCACCGCCCCGGGGAUCUGCUCUGGAACUCCUCCUAACAUCACAUGGACAUGGAGAGGGACAGGAGACAACAUCACUGAGCUCAGAGACAACACCACUACACAAAGGAGAGUGGAUCUGACCGCCUUCACAACAACCCACUUCUCAACUUUGACCUUUACCCCCUCAGCUAAGCAUGACGGCACCAAGGUCACGUGUCUGGUGACCUUCAAUGGAAGCGUCACCACCAAGAAGACACUGAAAUUGAAUGUGACACAGGAAGUAUCUAAAGACAUCUUGGCUGUGCUGUUGAACCCACCACUGAUUACUGCAUUUGUGAUUGGUGCAGCCUGCUCAGCCACCAUCGGUUGUAUCAUCAUCCUGUGUUUCACAGGGAAAUAUAAAAAACGCAAAGAGAGGACCCCAAAGAACUUCGACUCCAAAAGCCCUUUCACGAACCUGGAAAUGGUGGCAUGUGAAGACCAACAGAGAGAUGCAGGACAGGCAGUGAUGGGCGAACAGACACAUCUGCAGGUGGAGCUGAGGGAGGGAACUGAAAACGGAGGGCUCCAGACCAGUGGAGCUGCGGGACACUCUGCCCCAGGGGAAGAACCAAAAGAGGUGGACUACGCCAGUAUCAACUACUCCCUACUGAAGAAGAAGACACCUGAGGAGGCAGAGAAGAAGACCACUACCACAGAGUCAGACUACGUCGAAAUCAAACGAGAGAAGAAGAAUGAGGGGGGAAAAGAUGGUGGAGAGGGGAGUGGUGUGAUGGAAGAGGUGGAAGGGGAAGAGAUGAUAGGGAAGGACGUGGAGAAAGAGAACGGUAAGCCAGUACAAGAGACAGAUGAAGAUACAGCGCUUUACUCCAACGUCAAGGCUAUUAUUGGUGGAGAGUGACACAGCAAUUUUGUCUAGAAACAUGGGAGAUAGCACACAGUACUAUGGCUUCUAUUAUACAGCACUGCUGUGUUUUCUCAUAUUCCAGACUGAAUGUUUUGUGAUGAUACAGAGACUUUGUUUAACUGAAUCUACUGUAGGUAAUAGUUUUGGUACUUCUUUAUUUUUCAGCCCUGUGUCAGCCGAAGCAAGUAUUUUUGGGAGGGUUAUACGUAUUUUUUAAGGAAGUUAAUGUAAUGUUAAUUUUGUAAUGAUUCUGUCUUGUGUCACCAUGGGGAAGGACUGACAAAGACAUGGUUUGGAGAAGUAGAGGUUUUCUCCUCUGUCCUUUCAUGUUUUGGCAUUUUGAUUUAACCCUAAACCUAUUUAUUGAGGCACUACCUUACUUUUGAUGGUUGUGUGUAUUUAUAAAUGUAUGAGGGAAAGGAAGUAACCCGCACACUGCUCUUGAUAGUACCAUUGAUCUUUAAUAAACUUGUGAGGUUUUUUAAAUAGCACCCUUAUGUAGACCUAGCCCCGCCCACAUCCGUUCCACGCAUCGAAUGGGGUUGGAGGCGAGGUGAAAAACAAAUCACUGCUACCAAAUAUAACAAUAUGCAUUUCAUAAAUAUUCGAAUAAAGUGUGUACAUAAAACGUAUUAAACACGUCUGUAAAACCACAAUGAGGACAUCAACCUACCAAGCAAGUUUUCAUAAAUCCUUGGGUACAGUGUAAGAAAAACGUCAGAGUAAUCUGAAAUAGGGGCAUAAUUCAUUUUCAAAUGUACAACAUCAAAUACACAGGCAUUUCAAAUUUAAGAACUUAAGGAAAUAGUGUAUGGAGGGUGAAAAUCCAAAAACAUUCUCUUUUGCUUAGAGUAUUAUUCAUCUCACCUCCCCUGUCUGAUGUCUUAACCUUCUCUAUGCCACAAAAUCUAAAGGCAGAAAUGUCAUGUUUAGGUCAUUAGAAUGUACUGCGACUGUAUAAUCCCUGUCGUUUCUCCUAAUUGAAUUUGUAUGUUCACUGAUUCUCUGUUUGAGAGAACGAUGGGGUUUUACCGACAUAGCACAGCCCACAUGGACAUUUAAUAAUGUAGAUAACAUGAGUGGUGGCAACACAAUCUCACAUUCAAUUCGUGCAUUUGUGUACAUAAUGCAUUUCAGCAAAUUUUGUGCGUGUUUGUGUUGCUUAAUUCGUGAGAAAAGACACGAAUUUAUGUGCUACUUAUUUUGUUCGAAAAUACUCAUUUAACCACUAGGCUCCACACAGGCCUAUGCAACAACCAUUGACACGAUAGCCUAUAUUUAAUUGUUGUUCUUCUUUAUGGCUAAUUCGUCGUUAUGAAUAUACAAAAAUAUUGUCUUCAUUUAAUCCUGUUUUAAAAUGUAUAGUUGUAUGCCUAUAUGUACUGUUUUAGACUUGCUGAACAGAAUUUGUGAGAAAAUAUACACAUUACGUGCGACUUAAUUCGUGGGGGAAAAUGGUUUUAUUAAUGCCAAUGCUGUUUUCUAUGCUUGAUUUCGUUUAAUACUUUGGGAUACUGGUGCACUUGUAAUCAGAAAGGGCAUUUUUUCAUAUAGGCAACAGUACACGAUUUUCGUCAUUACGCAUUACAUAUUUCGUGGAGCCUAAAUUACACAAUUGUCUUCAUAAUGCAUUUAUUACAUGCUAAACAAGUUAAUGUAAAAUAAUGAAUUAUGUUGGCUUACACUUAUGUCACUUCCAAGGCCUUAAUUUUCUCAUUUCCCACUUGUUAUUCCUAUUUGGGGGGUCAUUCAAGUGAAACAUCCCAGUAGGAACUAGGAAUUUCCCGAGAACUCUGAUAGCAUUUGAACGAGGCAUUGGUAUGUGUAAUAGACAACAGUAGGGUCUGGGUCGCAGGGUGUCCAGCCCUCAUACCCAUUCACGACCACCGCGGAGCGAGUGUCAGUAGCCUACUGUGUGUCCGUAAAGUCAACUAGUAUAAUUAUUGUUUGUGAAGUAAGUAUGGUGAUUAUUAUUACGGUUCUGGUCGUCUGAGAUUCCAACAGGCUAUAGAACAAACAGUAUAACUAUAGAAUUAAGAAACAAAGUAAAUAAAGUAAGAAUGAAAUGAAUGCACAAAAUAAAAUAUAACAUUGACAAAUG